GGGUUGGACCGCUCGCUCUGAGGAACGAACCAAUCCGCCGCUAACUUGGAGGGGGUUACGGAGGCAGCGAGGAUUUGACGGAGGCGAAGACAGCGACCUCACUUACUUCCCCCCCCCACCGCCGCCUUCUCCCCCCUCCCUCACCGAAUGGUUGCUGCCUACGGAUCCCCGGAGCGACUGACUGAAGGCUGCGGCGCCCACCGGGCGGGAGGGUUAAACUCAGGAGCUGGUCUCGCUGAUCAUCUGUAAAACCUCUUCCUGGUGACGACGGCGUCUAAUGGCAUUAAACUUUGCAUAGCGACUGACCCAAUUUACGGAUGGUUCCAGGCUGCAGGCUGGCCACAGAAUUGUGGACGCAAAGCCCGGGCGCCUGGCGUUCAGACGACGGAGUUGUCGAGUGGCGAGAGAACCGUGCGCCCGUGAUGACGACGCUCUGUGGGCCUGAGACCAAGAUCAGCAUGUGAGAAGGAACAGCGGAAUGCCAGCAGCGGAAUGGCGACGGGGAUACAGAUAUCGCGAACGUCUUCCUGCUCGUCUCGUUCUCCGGAUGCUAAUACAGAAUGUGUGAAGUGAUGCUAAAGGUUGGCUUGCUCCUUUCGUGUCGUUCUCUGGCCCAGAGGAGGCAUCUGAUUGCCAUGGCGACGCUGUUCCCGUUCUCCUAGCAACACCCAGUUAACUGAAGGUCAAGGAGAAGAGUUUGAUGAUUGGUUCUAGUCGGAUCAAAAGUUGUAUCCGUCAUCCCGAGGAGAAAAUGAAAUUUCCAUUCUAUUGGCCCUUUGUCAAACUGGCACAAUAGCAUUCCCUUCCGGCAACUCGCUGAUAAAAACUGUUUUGGUGAUGGCUACCGAUCCGACGUGAUAGGGCGCGGCACCAACUCUCGGACUCAUGACUGGGUAUACCAUGUUGCGCAAUGGGGGCGUAGGGAACGGAGGCCAGCCCUGGAUGUUACGGUGGUCCAGUCGGAUCCGGCUCACUUGGCUGAGUUUCACGCUGUUCAUCAUCCUGGUCUUCUUUCCCCUCAUCGCCCAUUACUACUUGACCACCAUCGACGAUGCCGACGACGCCGGCAAGCGCAUCUUUGGGCCCCGCACGGGCAACGAGCUGUGCGAAGUGAAGCACGUCCAGGACCUGUGCCGCAUCCGGGAAUCGGUGAGCGAAGAGCUCCUCCAGUUGGAAGCAAAGCGCCAGGAGCUGAACAGUGAAAUCGCCAAGCUCAACCUCAAGAUCGAAGCCUGCAAGAAGAGCAUUGAGAACGCCAAACAGGAUCUUUUGCAGCUGAAGAACGUCAUCAGCCAGACGGAGCAUUCGUACAAAGAACUGAUGGCUCAGAACCAGCCCAAGCUGUCCUUGCCGAUCCGGCUGCUGCCAGACAAAGACGACUCCGGCUUCCCCUUGCCAAAAUCCAACAGGAACUGCCGGCUACACAACUGCUUUGACUAUUCCCGUUGCCCGCUAACCUCUGGCUUCCCGGUGUAUGUCUACAACAGUGACCAAUUCAACUUUGGGAGCUCAUUAGACCCUUUAAUUAAGCAAGCCUUUGAAUCCACCGUCAGAACUAAUGUGUAUGUUACUGAAAAUGCAAACAUUGCCUGUGUAUACAUCAUCCUGGUGGGGGAAAUGCAGGAGCCUGUAAUGCCAAAACCUACUGAAUUAGAGCAACAGUUGCACACUCUGCCCUACUGGAGGACUGAUGGACACAACCAUCUUAUUAUUAACUUAUCCAGGAAGUCGGAAACUCAGAACUUCCUGUAUAAUGUCAGCACGGGGCGGGCCAUGAUCGCCCAGUCCACCUUUUACGAUGUACAGUAUCGUCCAGGUUUUGACAUCGUGGCGUCUCCCCUUGUCCACGCCAUGUCUGAACCCAACUUCCUAGAGAUCCCGCCCCAGGUGCCAGUCAAGCGGAAAUACUUAUUCAGUUUCCAAGGGGAGAAGGUUGAGUCUCUCCGCUCCAGUUUGCAAGAAGUCCGUUCAUUUGAAGAGGAAAUUGAAGGUAAUGCCCCGGCGGACUAUGACGAUAGGAUCAUUACCACCCUGAAGGCUGUCCAGGACAGCAAGCUGGACUUUGUCUUGGUGGAAUUCACAUGUAAGAACCAGCCCAAGGCCAGCCUGCCCACUGAGUGGGCUCUUUGUGGAGAAAGAGAAGACAGGCUAGAGCUACUGAAACUAUCUACUUUUGCACUGAUCAUCACCCCAGGAGACACCCACCUUGUCAUCUCUGCUGGGUGCGCAAUGAGACUGUUUGAGGCUCUGGAAGUUGGAGCUAUCCCGGUCAUCCUUGGAGAGCAAGUCCAGCUGCCCUAUCACGAUGUGAUCCGGUGGAACGAGGCAGCCUUAAUCAUACCAAAGCCGCGUAUCACAGAAGUGCACUUCCUUCUGAGGAGCAUUUCCGACAAUGACCUCUUGGCCAUGAGAAGGCAGGGCCGCUUCUUGUGGGAGACCUACUUCUCCACCUCGGACACGGUCUUCAGCACAGUCUUGGCCAUCAUAAGGACUCGAAUCCAAAUCCCGGCUGUUCCCAUCCGAGAGGAAACGGCAGUGGAGAUCCCUCACCGGUCCGGCAAAGCUGCCGGCACGGACCCCAACAUGGCCGACAAUGGAGACUUAGACUUGGGGCCAGUUGAAACCGAGCCCCCGUACUCCUCUCCCAAAUACCUGCGCAAUUUUACCCUGACAGCAAUGGAUAUUUACAGAAACUGGAACUCGGCUCCUGGUCCCUUCCACCUCUUCCCUCACACUCCCUUUGAUCCUGUCCUCCCAUCGGAAGCCAAGUUUCUAGGCUCUGGGACUGGAUUUCGACCGAUCGGAGGAGGAGCCGGUGGCUCUGGGAAGGAAUUCCAAGCCGCCUUGGGUGGCAACGUCCCCAGGGAGCAGUUUACAGUAGUGAUGUUGACCUACGAGCGAGAGGAAGUAUUAAUGAACUCCUUGGAGAGGCUGAACGGUCUCCCAUACUUAAAUAAAGUGGUGGUGGUCUGGAAUUCCCCCAAGCUCCCAUCAGAAGACCUCCUGUGGCCGGACAUCGGGGUCCCAAUUGUGGUUGUACGGACAGAGAAGAACAGUUUGAACAACCGAUUUCUCCCCUGGGAUGAGAUUGAGACGGAGGCCAUCUUGUCCAUCGACGACGACGCUCACCUUCGCCAUGACGAGAUCAUGUUUGGGUUCCGGGUCUGGAGAGAGGCCAGGGACCGCAUUGUCGGAUUCCCUGGGCGGUACCACGCGUGGGACAUCCCUCACCAGUCCUGGCUCUACAACUCCAAUUACUCCUGUGAACUCUCCAUGGUGCUGACGGGUGCUGCCUUCUUUCACAAAUACUAUGCCUAUUUGUAUUCCUACGUGAUGCCGCAGGCCAUCCGUGACAUGGUAGACGAAUACAUCAACUGUGAGGAUAUUGCCAUGAACUUCCUGGUUUCUCAUAUCACUAGGAAGCCACCUAUCAAAGUGACUUCCCGCUGGACUUUCCGCUGCCCCGGCUGCCCUCAGGCCCUUUCCCACGACGACUCCCACUUCCACGAGCGGCACAAAUGCAUCAACUUCUUCGUCAAAGUCUACGGCUACAUGCCCUUGCUGUACACCCAGUUCCGCGUGGACUCGGUCCUCUUCAAGACCCGGCUGCCCCACGACAAGACGAAAUGUUUCAAGUUCAUCUAGGCUCGGAGGCCGCGGCUACGGACGUCCGGGAGGCGCCGAAGAGGGGGGGGGGCACGGGCGGUGCCUUGACGACCCCUUCCUCCCCUAGAACGGGCGCUUCGUUCUUUCUGUCGAAGUAGAGACACAAUUGCGGAUUCCUCAUGUGCGCAAGCCCCCCCCCCCGGAACUGAACGGCGUCGGUGGGGGGCCCUUUGCGGACUCGGCUUUGAGCCACGUACUGGGGGUGGGCAGGGGAUCAGAAACUUUGGUUAGUCCCCCAGCUAGUGGGUGAACCGAGGGUGGAACUGGGGUUUUUAAAAUAUUAAUUAUUAUUUAAAAUGGAAGUGUUUUAGAUAUGCCUCACGAGGCUUUCUAUUUUUUUCGACAGGGCGGGGAGGGAGGGAGGGGUAAUUUUGGUUUUCUUUUGUUUUGUACCCGGUUCAUCGUUUGCUUGGGGAAAAGGAAAGACGCAAGGGAGCCCCCACUGCUCCUUGAUGACCCCAUGUGCUCUUGCGGGGGGCAGGGGCAGCGGUAGCUUUGGCUCCCAGAGGCCCCUCGCCGCUCGGUCUGUUGUGCUUAAAAUUUGCUUGGGAUUUCACGCAGGAAACGGUGGGUCCUUCCUUUGCAAAACUCCUCCCUUGUUCCUUCCCACGUUGUGGCUGCUACGGAGCUCACUGCUUGCCGGCGAGCGCCCCCCCCCCCACUGUGGUAAAGCAAAGUCCCCCCCCCCACAACCCAGCCGGCUUGCCUGUCCCACGUGCCUGCUGCUGAUAAUGGAUUACACUGCACUACCCUUUCAUGGUGUCUUCCCGGUCGGACUACACCAGCUCCCCACAAAUGAGCGUUGCGCUGUGUUGCAACUCCCAUAAUUCUGGGGAUCAUGGUGGUUGCAAUACAGCCGCUCUAGAGGACGUCAGGAUGGAGGAGGUCCCUCCCGUUUCUGCCCAGUGGCGCUUCGCCAACUUCCGAUGCCUUGCAGGGGUGUGUGUGUGUGUGUGUGUGUGUGUGUGUGUGUGUGUGAAAAAUGUCUGGAGUCCUUUCCCCUGCGGCUUCUCCCGUCCAUUGUCACUUCUUCCCCAGCCCAUGUGAGCGCUGAUUAAGCUCCACCGCCUUCUAGAGGACUGCACUCAAAGGUCUUCGCAUUGCUUAGCCCCAGGGAUGAGGCACGUGUGCUCCUCCAAUCGCUGUGGGACCGCAAGUCCCAUCACCUCUUACUCUUAGCUAUGCAGGCGAUGUCUGAUGGGGGUUGCAGUCCAACAGCUGGACUACGAAAAAGGGUCCGUAUUGUGUAUUGUAGUGAUGUGGCAGGGCUCUUCUUUGAAAGGAGGUUUAAUGCAAAUGCGGGCAUGUGGGGUGCAGCUGUUUCAGUCCUUUGGAUGUGGCCUCUUACUGAUUGCAUCACAGUUCUCUCUCUCACACGCACCUGUGCACUCACCUGCCCCUCCAUCCCGCCCUUCUUCAUGGGCUCAGGUCUCUGCGCCAUCUUCACGUCGAAUGGUGUCCUUUGCUUGCUGACGAAAGGCACCCGAAAUCCAUCCUGGGUCUGCAGCCCUACAGACCAACACAUCUCACCCCAAGUUCACUCAAAAGGAAGAUUCACACGCGCGCACACACACGCAAACGAAAUGCUUUUGAGGAGUUACUGGGCACCCAGCCUCGGACAUGGCCUGCCCGCCUGACUUGAGAACGUUUUCUUAAAGGACGUCCAUGAACUCUUCGCCAAACUAACAAUGAGGUGUAACUACUUGCUGAUUUCUCUCUUCCCCUCCUGCUUCACUUCGGUUUUUCUUUUUCUCGGUAAGGAAGGUGAUGAUAAAAUAGCCGCGUUCGCACGAUGCCAUCUAUGCUGACCGUCCCCGUUCUACAUUCAGCCCACUCACCUUGCCCAGCCUGGAGCCCUGCAGAUGCUUCUGUACUGCAACUUUUCUAAUCUUCAUCCGGCGUCUCGCUUCCCUCUAGCUCAGCCUUCCUCAACCUGGGGCGCUCCAGAU